AUGGGUUCUCGAGGUCUAGCAAUGGGGCCGAAUGUCAAGGCAGUGAAGGCAAAUGGUAGUGCAGCGAGAAAAGAAACUUGCUCAACUGAAUCUGGGUGUGAGGGUUUGCUUACGUACAAGAGGCGGAAGAGUGUCAAGGUGGAAGAGAGUAGGAAAGGAACUCAAGAUUCGGUGGGCCAAUUGUGUGAGAAGGUUCCUCCAUUAGUCUUGACCGAUGACUGUUUGCUCAUACACCGAAGAAAUGUAAUUUUAGAACAAAUAUCUCAGUCGCUCAAUACCGAAGAUGGUUUGCGAAAAUGCAUUCAUGGGGUUCUUGCCUCCCAUCCAGGCAGUGGCUGCACAACUAGAGUUGAGGAAUCCGUACAUUAUAAUGAUGGUUGUAGCAACUGCAACUCACAGCCUGGGACUUUACACGGUCUCCAGAAGGCAGUUGGGGGCUAUGUGGGUAUGAAAUCUAAUGGAUCUGCUGAUGAAUCCAUGGAUUGCACUUUCACAGAGCUCUGUGCGCGAAGCUUUUCUGACAUUAUAGUGUCGGAAAAGUUUGCGCAGUUAUGCAGCUUACUCCUCGAAAAUUUUCAAGGAUUGAAGACUGAUAAAGUCUUUAAUUUGAGCCAAAUAAACUCAAGGAUGGAGGAGAAUGCUUAUGAACGUUCACCAAUGCUAUUUCAUUCGGAUAUCCAGGAGAUAUGGACUAAACUUCAGAAGGUUGGCUCUGAUAUAACUGCUCUCUCAAAGUGCCUGUCAGACAAAACAUUGUCUUCUUUCCAUGAAAAGUUCCCCUCACAAGAACCCAUCAUGACCACCAAAACCGAGCUGAUGGAUGCAGACUCCCCAGAAGGGGCCCACACCUGCAGACGGUGUCGACAAGAGGCAGAUGGCACAAACGUCUUGAUUUGUGACUCGUGUGAGGGCAUGUAUCACAUCUCGUGCAUUGAGCCCCCGGUCAAAGAAAUCCCCACGAGAAGCUGGUAUUGUGCAGAUUGCACGUCCAAAGAAAACGAGUCCUCCCAUGAAAACUGUGUUGCCUGCAAGAGGCUGAAAACAUCGCAAUCGAAUAUCGACACCAACAAAGUCAAUAUUGUGAAUGGUGGGACCACGGAGGAAUUAGCUGAGAGCUCAAACGGAUUUUUUCUUAUCAGCGGCAGUCAAAGAAGAUACACUGAAUGCAAGGUUUGCAUGAACGAGAUUAGAAAUGAUGAGGACUACAAAAUAUGCGGGCAUGCGUUAUGUCCCAACACAUUUUACCACGUGAAGUGCCUGACAAGCCAGCAGUUGGUAUCUUACGGGUUGUGUUGGUACUGCCCGUCUUGUCUGUGUCGGGCCUGCUUGACUGACCGAGAUGAUGACAAGAUUGUCUUGUGUGAUGGGUGUGAUCACGCGUAUCACAUUUACUGUAUGGUCCCGCCUCUGGAUUCCGUGCCCGAGGGGAAGUGGUUCUGCAGAAACUGCGAAGGUGGGAUGGUUCGUAUAUGGAAAGCAAAGAAGACGUACGGGAUUAAGGUGAGAAAGAGGGGGCUCGAUAGGAAGCUGAAGGGGAAAGAGGCUCUUAACAAGUCGGGUGGGGUAGAUAUGCUUCUGAAUGCGGCCAAGACUUUGAAUUAUGAGGAGAAUUUGGCUUCAAAAGGGUUGAAAACUGGUCAAGCUUAG